CCCUCCCAGCCAGGGCCCUGCCUGCCCAGGUGGGAAAGGAAGUGAGGAAACUGCACCCAAAGCAAGGGCUGCACCAGGGAAACCGGAUCCUGGUGAAAAGUUUGUCCCUUGACCCUGGCCAGAACAUUGAGCCUCAUCCAGAAGGUCCCCAGCGGCUUCGCUCAGACCCUGGCCCCCCCACCGAAACCCCCAGCCAGCGUCCUUCGCCACUGAAGCGGGCACCAGGCCCAAAGCCACAGGUCCCCCCAAAGCCCAGCUACCUGCAGAUGCCCCGGAUGCCCCCUCCACCCGAGCCCAUCCCCCCUCCACCAUCACGCCCACUGCCUGCAGACCCCCGAGUGGCCAAGGGCCUGGCUCCCAGGGCAGAGGCCAGCCCUAGUUCCGCAGCCGUAUCCUCACUGAUCGAGAAAUUUGAAAGGGAGCCUGUGAUUGUCGCCUCGGACAGGCCAGCCCCUGGCCCCAGCCCAGGUCCCACAGAGCCAGCCAUGCUGCCACAGCCACCCCCACAGCCUCCAGUGCCCCAGCUCCCUGAGGGCGAGGCCUCCCGCUGCCUCUUCCUGCUGGCUCCUGGGCCCCGGGAUGGCGAGAAGGUGCCCAACCGGGACAGCGGCAUUGACAGCAUCAGCUCACCGUCCAACAGCGAGGAGACCUGCUUCGUCAGCGAUGACGGGCCCCCCAGCCACAGCCUCUGCCCCGGGCCCCCUGCCCUGGCCAGUGUCCCCGCGGCCUUGGCUGACCCCCACCGGCCCAGCUCUCAGGAGGUGGAUAGCGACCUGGAGGAGGAGGACGAGGAGGAGGAGGAGGAGAAGGACAGAGAAAUCCCAGUGCCCCUGAUGGAAAGACAGGAGUCUGUGGAGUUGACCGUGCAGCAGAAGGUGUUCCACAUUGCCAAUGAGCUCCUGCAGACCGAGAAGGCCUACGUUUCCAGGCUCCACCUCCUGGAUCAGGUGUUCUGUGCCCGGCUGCUGGAAGAAGCCCGGAACCGCAGUUCCUUCCCGGCCGAUGUUGUCCACGGCAUCUUCUCUAACAUCUGCUCCAUCUAUUGCUUCCACCAGCAAUUCCUGCUGCCUGAGCUAGAGAAGCGCAUGGAAGAAUGGGACCGCUACCCACGCAUCGGAGACAUCCUGCAGAAGCUGGCGCCCUUCCUCAAGAUGUACGGCGAGUAUGUGAAAAACUUCGACCGUGCUGUGGAGCUGGUCAACACCUGGACAGAGCGCUCCACCCAGUUUAAAGUGAUCAUCCACGAGGUGCAGAAGGAGGAAGCCUGUGGCAACCUGACGCUGCAGCACCACAUGCUGGAGCCCGUGCAGCGCAUCCCCCGCUACGAGCUGCUUCUCAAGGACUAUCUUCUAAAGCUGCCCCACGGCUCCCCGGACAGCAAGGAUGCCCAAAAGUCUCUGGAGCUGAUAGCCACCGCCGCGGAGCACUCUAACGCUGCCAUCCGCAAAAUGGAGCGAAUGCACAAGCUGUUGAAAGUAUAUGAGCUGCUAGGGGGUGAGGAAGACAUCGUCAGCCCCACCAAAGAGCUCAUCAAAGAAGGCCACAUCCUUAAGCUGUCAGCGAAGAAUGGGACCACUCAAGACCGAUACCUCAUAUUAUUCAAUGACCGCCUCCUCUACUGCGUGCCCAGGCUGCGGCUCCUUGGCCAGAAGUUUAGCGUGCGGGCACGCAUCGAUGUAGAUGGCAUGGAGCUAAAGGAAAGCUCCAACCUCAAUCUGCCUCGGACCUUCCUGGUGUCAGGAAAGCAGCGCUCCCUGGAGCUCCAGGCCAGGACUGAGGAAGAGAAGAAAGACUGGGUCCAGGCCAUCAACUCCACCCUUCUGAAGCAUGAACAGACGCUGGAGACCUUCAAACUGUUGAACUCAACAAACAGGGAAGAUGAAGACACACCCCCUAACUCUCCAAACGUGGAUCUUGGGAAGCGUGCACCGACACCCAUCCGAGAAAAGGAAGUCACCAUGUGCAUGCGCUGCCAGGAGCCCUUCAAUUCCAUCACCAAGCGCAGGCACCACUGCAAGGCCUGCGGGCACGUGGUUUGUGGGAAGUGCUCCGAGUUCCGGGCCCGCCUCAUCUAUGACAACAACCGCUCCAACCGUGUGUGUACUGACUGCUAUGUGGCCUUGCACGGGGUGCCUGGGAGUAGCCCAGCCUGCAGCCAGCAUACACCCCAGCGCCGGAGGUCCAUCCUGGAGAAGCAGGCCUCAGUGGCUGCGGAGAACAGCGUCAUCUGCAGCUUCCUGCACUACAUGGAGAAGGGCGGGAAAGGCUGGCACAAGGCAUGGUUUGUGGUCCCUGAGAAUGAGCCCUUGGUGCUGUACAUCUACGGAGCCCCUCAGGAUGUGAAAGCCCAGCGCAGCCUGCCCCUCAUUGGCUUUGAGGUGGGGCCUCCCGAGGCCGGGGAGCGGCCCGACAGACGGCAUGUCUUCAAGAUCACCCAGAGCCACCUGAGCUGGUACUUCAGCCCCGAGACAGAGGAGCUGCAGCGGCGCUGGAUGGCUGUGCUCGGCCGGGCGGGCCGUGGGGACACGUUCUGCCCGGGGCCCACACUGUCUGAGGACAGGGAGAUGGAAGAGGCACAGGUGGCAGCUUCAGGAGCCACCGCUGAACCCUCUGAAGCCCCCCAGACCCGAGACAAGACCUAGAGGGUUUGGGGGGACUUGGGGCCCCCUGCCCCACACUCUAGCUGCCCAUGUCCGACUGGGGGCCCCAGCCCCCUCCCUCCCAGCUCAGUCAAUACUUGAACUCCCAUCAUGGGCACUUUCAAUCCCGAAUGCUGGGUCUUGGGUUUUUUAAUUCAUCUUUUCACAAAAUGGGGGCUUUUAAAAGAAAUAUUCCUACAGUGAUGUUCAUUUUUUUUAAAUCCCCGUCCCCAGGAAGGGUGGGAGCUGUUGCUAGACCUGCCUGAACUAGGCCGUUUCCCCAUCCCCUCAAUACCCCACAGAUCCUGCCUCUACCCCAUCCCCCUAAAAGCACCAGAGGCAGGAGAGACCUGGAUUCAAGUGCCAGUUCUCCCACUGAGGCCCUGGCCCUGGCCCACCCCUGCCCCCUCACCCAGUGUCUUCACACGUACGAUGCGAGGUGGGGCAGUGACCAGAUCCUUCCUGCCUCUCCAUGGCUUACAGCUUCUACCCAACCCCAAGGCUACCCAGUAUUUUAUCGUCCAGACCCAUGGCAGGGCCACCGGGCAGGACAGGGGAACAGGGGGGAAGAACAAUGGAUACUCUCGGUUUUGUUUUGUUUUUUAAAGAAAAAAAAAUACAGUUUAUUUCAGGCUUACGGAAA